GUCAGCAGUUCAUAGUGUUGCGUAAAUCUCACAAAGACUCUUGUACCUUUUAAGGCAAUUGGGUGUCAUUGUGGCACGUGACACUAUUAUAAAAGCACUCCAUUUUACCGUUUUAGUUCAGCUGGUCAGUCAGUAAGUUAAUCAGUCAGCUCUGUUUAUGGUUCCUGAUGAAGGGCUUUUGCCCAAAAUGUCGAUUUUCCUGCUCCAUGGAUGCUGCUUGACCUUCUGUGCUUUUCCAGCACCACUCUAAUCUAGACUCUGUUUACUAUGGGUUGGUAACAUAAGAACAGAAGCCACAGAGCAAUUAUAUCCAUGUACGUGGUGGCAUUACUGAACUUCAAGACACCUCAGUCAACAAGAAUCCAAUCUUUACAGUACAUGUUGUACAGACAAUUAGAGGGAAGUAUUCAGUCCUUGCUCUGCUGACAUUUGUUUUACCUCAAAGAAACUGCAUCACUUUUAAUUUGUAGUCAUUGAAAUGCUACAAUCAGUAAGUUCAUUAGCAGAGAAAAUAAAACAAGAGUCACUGGGCUCACAGUGUAGAGUACUUCCAGCAGUUUUUAUCAGGAUAACAUUAAUAACCGAGAUGCUGAGUCUGAACAAAGUGAAGAGGAAGUCCGUAUUUUUCACUUCUCUGUGCAUGAUCAGAAGGUUUCGGGUCUGACGUCAUUUGCUUUGCAGGAUGGCUGACUAAGUGCUCAGGCGGUGGUUCCUUUCCAGUUGACUGUCCACGUGGAGAUGGCGUUCUGUGAAGCCACGGUGAACAGUGAACAGCAGGAUUGGAGCUGGAGCCCAGAGGCUGAGGAGAAGACCAGUCUCCUGCAGAACCCAGCAAGCCACAGUAGGAAACGGGAAGGAGGCACACCGGCGUAUGGGGCUGUGUUCAUCGUGGUGAACGCUGCCCUGGGUGCAGGGCUGCUCAACUUUCCCUAUGCCUUCUUCGUGGCCGGAGGGGUGGUGGCUGGCAUCGUCCUGCAACUGUGUUUAGUGUUAUUUAUAAUCGCCGGCUUGGUGAUUCUGGCCUACUGCUCACAGGUCAGCAGCAAGACCACUUACCAGGAGGUGGUGAGGGCAGCCUGUGGGCAGGUGAUUGGCACCAUCUGCGACAUCCUUAUCGCUGUUUACACCUUUGGCACCUGCAUCGCUUUCUUAAUCAUCAUCGGAGAUCAGCUGGACAAGAUUGUUGGGGCAUUGAUGCACACACCUGAGGGAGAUUCUUCAGUUAAUGGCCACUGGUACAAUGACCGAAAGUUCACCAUUUCAGUCACCUCUCUCCUGGUCAUCCUACCUCUCUCCAUCCCCAAAGAGAUCGGCUUCCAGAAAUAUGCCAGUACCCUGAGUGUGCUGGGGACUUGGUACGUGACCAUCAUAGUCAUUGUUAAGUACAUCCUGCCGGAUCAAGGUAUCCACACUGGGGACAUCCCAACCAGCCCUUCCUCCUGGAUGGCCGUGUUUAAUGCUAUUCCAACCAUCUGCUUCGGAUUUCAGUGCCAUGUAAGCAGUGUGCCAGUGUUCAGCAGCAUGGAGAGACCGGGGCUACAGCGUUGGGGCUGGGUGGUGACAGCGGCUGUGGUGAUCUGUCUGUUUGUGUACACGGGCACAGGAGUCUGUGGUUUCCUGACGUUUGGCUCCAGUGUCAAUGUCGAUGUGCUAUUGUCCUACCCGUCGACUGAUAUCUCCGUCACCAUCGCCCGUGCUUCCAUCACCCUCUGUGUGGUCACAUCCUACCCCAUCCUUCAUUUCUGCGGCAGGUCUGUGAUUGAAGGCCUUUGGGUGCGUUACAUGGGGGAGGACGUGGACCUGUCCCGGGAACGACGACGCCGGCUGCUGCAGACCCUUGUCUGGUUCUUCCUCACCCUGGUCCUGGCGCUGUUCAUCCCAGACAUUGGGAAAGUGAUCUCUGUGAUUGGGGGAUUGGCUGCCUGUUUCAUCCUCGUCUUCCCAGGACUCUGCCUGAUUGAAGCAAAGCUAGCAGAGAUUCAGCACGUCGAUUCCAGCAGCUGGUGGGCCUCAGUGCUGUGCGGGAUCUUCAUGGUGUGCGCAGGAGCUUUCAUCUUUGGCCAGAGUACGGUGAACUCUAUCUACCAGGAUCUCCGUAACUGAGCCCCAGAUCUCGCAGCCUCCUCUUCAUCCUCUUGCGAUGUUUUCCACACCAGGCUGGUGGCCAGUUGAUGCAGUCCGACGGGCAUUGAACUGAAGCUCCAAUGAAGUGUUUACACGGACUCUGCUAAGGCCUGCCAGCCGGGACACUACCACAAUUCCCUCUGCUGUAGGAGGAUCAGAGUCCGCACUAACCCUUGGUGCUCUGGCAUUUACUGUUCGGAGUGUCGCAGUCUUGGUGAUUCUGCCACUCUCUUGUUUGUCACUGAUGUUUUUUUGGUCUAAACCUUGAGGUCUUCUGCUUCACUGUGUCAUGGAGCUGAUGACCCUGCGCUGUCCUGGCUGUGAUCACAGGAGAGUUUGGGGCAUCCUUUGGAAAUAAUUCCCCAGAAGGUCUGGUGCAGCGCAGCCACCCGGAUUCUUCCUUUUUUUUUGAAAGCUGCUCCCUUACUCGAUCAGAGAUUUGUGAGACUCCGGUGACCAUUCUCUUUCCAGAAAGUGGUUUGUUUGUUCUAUUUCUCCCGAGCCCUCCCAUUUGUCAUGAGAUUUUUCUAUCCCAGCAGGCAAGACUCCCUACUGGAUUUCGGUUUCUAGGUCAGCACCAAGUGGAGAUGAGUGGGUUUCUGAAUGUCUCCUUUCUGCUUGUGGUUGGACCUAGCCCUUGAUGUCCAGCCUCACAUUCCAAUGUGUGUGUUUAUGGUUGUAUAAAGUGAGAUGAUUGUUCAAAAUG